AAAACUAAUUAAUUAAUUAAUGUCAAUCUUGUUCCUGUCGAGCACUUGUUCGUUGCUUUUUAUCUGAUAACGAACAUCAGCUGACAUUCGCAUUUAAAAGUUUUAGCAAUUCAGAUGUCUCAAUAAUAUUUACGCUGCUUUAGAUACUGAAGAAUGCUAUCGUACAGAACAAAUAUACCCAUGUUUAUAUAAAUUCAUUUGUACAAUUACGAGUAUUUCCUGUGAACUUAGAUUAACUGCAGAAUUCCUCGACUCAACCGACUGCGGCAUGUGCUACUUGGCUCUUCUUUCAAAUUAAUCUUGGACAAAUUUACAAAGUAGUUUUCAGCAUAUAGCGGAAGGAAUAAUUGUUUGGAGUAUAAUAUAAAAAAGAAAACAAGAAAUAUAUCCCUAUUUUGGGGGAGAGAAGGAAAAAUAUGGAAAAUGAAUUCUGUGACAACAAUGUUCAGAAUAAAAUAGAACCUGAAACGAGUGAUUUUCAUGAUGAAAUACUGCAAAAAAUAGGAAAGACAUCAUACAAAACAUCCCAUAAAAGUGUCGUAUCUAUUCACAAAUGUAUUCGUGUGGGAGAAAGAACAUAUCAAUGUGAUAUCUGUGGUAAAUCAUUCUCUCGAAAUGCAGAUUUAACUAGUCACAAACGUAUUCAUACAGGAGAGAAGCCAUAUCAAUGUGAUAUUUGUGGUAAAUCAUUCUCUCAUAAUAGUACGUUAACUUAUCAUAAACGUAUUCAUACAGGAGAGAGACCAUAUCAAUGUGAUAUCUGUGGUGAAUCAUUCUCUCGAAAUGCAUAUUUAACUGUUCACAAACGUACUCACACAGGAGAGAAGCCAUAUCAAUGUGAUAUUUGUGGUAAAUCAUUCUCUAGAAAUGGAUAUUUAGGUAUUCACAAACGUAUUCAUACAGGAGAGAAGCCAUAUCAAUGUGAUAUCUGUGGUGAAUCAUUUUCUUGGGGAACUAACUUAAUUAACCAUAAACGUAUACAUACAGGAGAGAAACCAUUCCAGUGUGAUAUCUGUGGCAGAUCAUUUUCCGAUCCAGGCAGCUUAACUGUACACAAGCGUAUUCACACAGGCAAAAGACCAUGUCACUGUGAUAUCUGUGGUAAAUCUUUUUAUGCACGUAGUGCCUUAACUACUCACAAACGCUUUCAUACAGGAGAAAAGCCAUUUAACUGUGAUAUCUGUGGUAAAUCUUUUUCUGUAAAUAGUGCCUUAACAACACACAAACGCAUUCAUACAGGAGAGAAGCCAUAUCACUGUGAUAUCUGUGGUAAAUCAUUCUCUGAAACUGGUCAUUUAACAACACACAAACGCAUUCAUACAGGAGAAAAGCCAUAUCACUGUGAUAUCUGUGGUAAAUCUUUUUCUGCAAGUAGUGCCUUAACUAUUCACAAACGCUUUCAUACAGGAGAAAAACCAUUCAACUGUGAUAUCUGUGGUAAAUCAUUUGCUGUAAGUAGUACCUUAACUAGACACAAACGUAUUCACAUAGGAGAGAAGCCAUAUCACUGUGAUAUCUGUGGUAAAACAUUCUCUUUAAGUAAUAAGUUAAGAAACCAUUUACUUAUCCAUGCAGAAGAAGCCCCCUGUUGCUGUGAUGUCUGUGGUAAAUCUUUCUCUGUAACUGCUCACUUAAUUUCUCACAAACGUGUUCAUACAAGAGAGAAACGAUAUGGUUGUGAUAUCUGUGGUAAAUCGUUCUAUCGAAAUGCAUGUUUAACUAAACACAAACGUGUUCAUACAGGAGAGAAACCAUAUCAGUGUGAUAUCUGUGGUAAAUCGUUUUCUCAAAAAUCUGGUUCUGUUGUUCACAGACUUGUUCAUACAGGAGAGAAACCAUUCAACUGUGAUGUCUGUGGUAAAUCAUUCUCUAUAAGUGGUAACUUAAGCAAGCACAAUCGUACUCACACAGGUGAGAAGCCAUAUCACUGUGAUACAUGUGGAAAGCAAUUUGCUGUCUCUAGUCACUUAACUACUCACAAACGCAUUCACACAGGUGAGAAGCCAUAUCAUUGUGACAUCUGUGAUAAAUCUUUCUCACGACAUCAUCAUUUGUCUGCACACAAAAACACUCAUUCAAGAGAAAAACUGUAUCACUGAUAUCUAUGGCAAAUGAUUGUCUUAAAAAGGAGAGAUUUAACUAUACGCAAACACAUUCAUACAUAAUUCAUACCACUUGUAUUUGUGUUAAAAUCAUUCUUUCACUGACAUAUUAACUACUCAUAAAUACAUUUAUACAAGAAAGGAAGCAUACCACUGUGGUAAAUGAUGCUCUAUUUGGAAUCACUUUACUUCAUGUGUUUGUAUUCAUUCAAGAUAUUUAAACAACAAUUAGAGCAACAGAGGUAGUAUUAAUAUAACCUCUGAUGUGCAUAAAAGCACAUCUUAGCUAUUGCCAGCAGCAGAGAAUCACUGCUACUUCUGCCAUUCAGACUACGACUGAAAAGGUGAUAUGAGGCCGAAACAUGAUUUGGUAGUCCAGGCAGCUGAAAUAGUGGUGAUUGUUUGCUGCUGGCGAUAGGUAUGACGUGCUUUUAUGCACCAAAUAACCAUAUUAGAGUUUUUUUUGCUCUUGGUAUAUAUAGCAGUCUUUCUGUGUUCUAAUGCAAUUAAGUAAUGAAUAUUUUACUUAUUUAAAGAAUUUGUGUGUUGCCAUAAAUGUUUGUGUACUGGAAAGAAAAAACAACUGAUAAUUUCAUUACAAUUCAUUUAACUCCAGAGUGAUAUCAACUUUGAAGAGAUAGCUGAACAUUAUUGUGUUUUUAAUAAAAAGAUUCUUUCUAAA